CGGUACGGGCAAGUUUUCCAUGGGUGACAUUUAACGCCACACGUUGACAGGGGAGGCUCUGUGCGUAACGCAGGGACAGCGCCGGAUCCACACGGGACAUUGCUGCGCAAACCAUGAGUGUUUGGUAGUGCUUUUUGGAGACGCCAUAUGUACUGUCUUCCGCGCACAGCUUCCUUCUGCAAAAAUGUCUUUUUUAACCAUACCAACUCAAGAGGGCCUUUUUACCACGAUUAAAAGUGGCAAGUCAGCCGAGGGCGAAGAGAGUAGGUCCCCCAUGGACGACGAGGAUAAGGAUGAUGAUGAUGAGGAUGAUGAUUCCGAGGACGUCCACCUCAUCCCAAGAUGCUCCCCGGUGCCCAGAAAGCGAGGCCUGUCCAUCUACGAAGAGACUGCUGAGUAUAUACGGACCCACGCGGCGCUGCCGGCCGGAAAGAGGGUGUUAUUUGCCGAUACAACAGGUGGGGAUCUGGUCGACGUGAAGGAAUUUGUUGCCUUUGAUUCGGACGAGGAUGAAGAGGAGCAAGCAAGGUGGGAGGAAGAGGAGGCAAAGUAUCGAAAGCCAAAGAGAGAGCCGAUUUAUCUGGUGCAACCAGAGUUUAUCGCUCCCACCGAAAGUGCCCUGCUGCAGGCUGUGCGCGCUAAUAAAGUGGAGGUUGAGGAGAUGUCUCCAGUAGAGGAUGAACCCCUUGCCUUCACUGGGUUAGUACGAGUCCUGAACGUCUCCUUCCACAAAGCAGUUUAUAUCAGAUCGACCAUGGACAACUGGGCUUCUUACUUUGAUUACCCAGCAGAUUAUGUCCAGGGAUCCAAUGAUGGUGACACUGAUAAAUUCACCUUCAAGCUGUCUUUUGCACCACCUUACAUCACAAUGGGCUCUCGCAUUGAGUUUGUCAUCCGCUAUGAAACCUCUGAUGGUGAUUACUGGGCCAAUAACUCCUCUAUGAAUUAUGUGGUAACUCUGCUCCUGGCCUAUGAAGAUGAUUCUGAUCAGACAAACAUGGACAUGCAUCAACUUAAAAGUAUCCUGAGACCUCCAAAAGAUUACAGUAUGGAGACUGAAUUCGAUUCAGAGGACGAGCUGGAAAAGAUUGACGAUGAAGCGGGGACCUCCAAUUCAGGAAUCGUUCGACCUGCACCUGUCUGCCCAGUCAUCAUACAGCCCGAGAUUGACAUAGAGAUUGCAGUUCACCCAUCUGGUCCCUCUGUCCCAUCCAACCAAGAGCUUCCAUCUGUUGAUGGCGUACUGUCCUCCCACAAUGUAUCCCCAGGUGAACAAUUCCCUCGUAUGUCGUCCGAAACCACACCUCAAACUAAUUUAUCCUUUGUACUCGGUGCCAGUGAAUCAGUCCAACCAAAUAAGUCACAGCCUUUACCCAGACUCCACUGUGAAUUAGGCAACCAGACCUCAGAGCAGCCCAUAGACAAUAGUCCCUCUGCACUGCUGCCUGCCUCAACUCCUUCUCUACAACAAGAGUCAAGGCCAAGAUCAGACAGCUCCCAGGCUAGAGAGGAAAUCCAUCUUUCAGAGACGAAUCUGUGGCCGACAGGAGAGGACAGAUCGACCGACAGCCCAGCCAGUCGUCCUUGUCUUGAACUGCCUGCUGAGCGUGUCUCUUCUCCCAGUGUGACUCCGUGCUUUGAGCGAGAGGUUGCAAUGGGAUUGAGUGAACUUGUUGCAGAAUUAUCAGAAGACUCCACCAGGUCUGCAGCACGUGAUGAAGGCAGUACGCCUGCAUUCUCGUCUCUUGUGGCAGAAAGUCCAGCAUCUCUGGGAGCAGACGGUGAAGCUUCACCGUCACCUGAACUCACGGAGAGCGCCUCAGUGAGUACAGGUGUCACUGAGGUGAGCCAAAAUGUAGCUGUUCAUUCUGUCUCGACCUUGGAGGAGAAGGAAGAUGCUCCCCAGAUUUCCCCUGAUACAUUAUUAGAGAAUCUACCAAACACGCUGUCAGAGGCGCAGUCUGAGCAUGACGUAAACAGGAAUCUGAUGCCAUCCAUCAUCUUUCUGAGUGGAGUUGUCUCCCUCUCGAUAGUGUUUCAGGAACCCAGUGCCCUCUUUAUCAUGGGACUACUUUUGGUCUUGCAUCGUUUGUGAAUGUGCCAAAAUAGUUCUGUCCGAUCUCCUCUCAAGUUAAGUGCCUUUUCAUGAUUCCAAAGUAAGCCAACAAGUUAAAAAAAACAUGUCUCCUGUCGUAGUGUAGUUGUGGUUAUUUCUACAUUAGGUAUCACUGUGUGAGUCUUUAGAUUAAUAUAUGUUUUCAUCAAAUGAAAGACAUAUGGGGUACAAUUUAUGAGUAUUUCCAUACAAAGUCAAAAGCGAGGACUAAGUAAUUCUAAAAAUAUUGGAGAUAUUUUUGUACAUUUUGUCAAAAAACUCCUGACAUAUUGCACAGUACAGAAGACAUGACACAAAAACAAGCGUUAAGAAAUAGAAGUCGUUCAUUACCCCACAUCAUUGUGAUUAGUAUUUAUUGUGUCCAGUGCUUAAGCACAGAAUAUUGUCAGAAAUGUUUUGUAAGUGGUUUGUAAUUACUUUUUUCUUGUCCUGUUUGAUAGUGUACAAGGUGUUAUAUUCUGAUUUAAUUCAUCAGCACCAUAAUGCACUUGUUUUUUGGUUUUUUUUGGGUUGUUGUUGUUGUCAGUGUAGCCAAGGUUGUUGUCUAACCACACCACCAUGAAUUUAACUUUUGUGAAUUCCAUGUGUUAUUAUGUCUUUAAUGAAGGACAAAAAACAUUACCAUAGAGGGACACUUAAGAGACUUGUUACACAAAUAAUAUUUUGUUUACAAAAUGCAAAAGCAAAACAUGGUUAUGUGAAGUAUUUUUGCCUUAAUGCUUAAAAAAUGCUAACCUGAUGAGCUUCAGUAAACAUCAGAUUGAAAUGGAUGCUGCCUAGAGGACAAAACAAGUAAGAAAUUGUCCAGUGUGACUUCUGAAAAAACUAUUGCACAUUUCAUUAAGUCUUCCUGUUGAUUCCUGCCAGUGAACCCAUAUUGUUGUUGCACAACACAGCAUUUUAUAGCACCACUUUGACAACCUCACAAACAAACUGAAGCACUGAAUGACAUGUUUGAAGUGAUGAAAGUUUUUGCAGAGUAUUGCCAUUAAACAUGGUCUUAUACCCUG